AUGGUUGUAGCAGAGCUCCUGCAUUGGCGUGCCCCAAUGCUGGUGAUCAUGGUCAAUGUUCUCAUGAGCUUCAUGUCUGUCUUGGAUCAGCGACAGGACAAUGACUUUGUGGAGCUCUUUGCUGGUUGUGGAGAGGUCUCCGCUGGCCUCCGGGAGGACCAUAUUAUGAGCUAG